CGGGUACGAACGAAAAAAUUCACGGCGUUAAAGUAGCGGGUCUGAGGAAGUUAACUUUUUUUUCUUCAGGGUGCAGAGGACACAGCAGUGCUGCGCGGCGUUCACUGCAUUUCACUGCAUAGCGGGUCUGAGGAAGUUAACUUUUUUUUCUUCAGGGUGCAGAGGACACAGCAGUGCUGGGCGGCGUUCACUGCAUUUCACUGCAUUUCACUGCAUUCCCCUCCCCUUCCCCUCCCCCCCCCCCCCCCCCCCCCCCCCCCCCCCCCCCCCCCCCCCCCCCUGGUGCCAUUGGAGCGCGCGCAACCGAGCACGAGUAUUCUCUACGGCUAUGGCGAUCUCCUCGCGAUCUUUCGCUUGCGAACGGCGGGGCUCGCAAAGGUUCGUCAUCUCAAUGGCGACAACAAUUCUUUUCGUGGUCGUUGUCGGUUGUGCAGCCGACGGCGGCGUGGUGGCUACCGCUGAGGUGGCACCCCGCCCUCCAGCCCGCACGGGCUUCGCAGAUCUCAUCAAAGGAGUCGUUGCCCUGGUAAGUAAUGCGGGAAACGAUCUAGGAGACGAGGUUUGCCUCUAUCACGAUCGCGGCGUCUGCAAUGCCCAUUCCACUUGUACAUGGUGUGUAGCUUGGGCGGUGCCAUCGGAUUGCUACAUCACCGCACAGGCCGUAAGUCUGCCAAGCGGUGUCUUUGAUUGUGACAAAAUCAAGCGGGGGGCGAGUGGAGAAGUCGAGACGGAGGACCUUAUUCGCAUGCCAUAGUGGUGUUGGGUGAUUUGCGUGGUGGUGGUGGUGGUUGGGCGGGCGCAGUACUGAAGCUGUGGGGCAAAUUGUGAAUGUAGCGGUAGACUAUAGAUAGAUAUAGAUAUAUAUAUACACUGCUAUCUAUCUAUCUAUCUAUAUAUAUAUAUACAUGUGCAGAGAAGAUGGGGGAAACUGUACUGGGAGAAGGUAGGCCAUAGCAUCUCUCCCUUUGGAGGUGCACGUUCCGUGUCAAUAAA